AUGGACUUGAGGAAUUUUACAAUAAGAGUAAUAUUCUUAACACAAAGUACUGUUGGGAUUCUGGGAAAUGUCUCUCUUCUUUCCAACUAUCUAAUUAUUUACUAUAAAAAUCACACAUUGAAGCCCAUGGAUUUGAUCCUCACACAUUUAAUCACAGCCAACUUUUUGAUCAUUCUCUCUAAAGGGGUGCCCCAUACAAUGGCAGCUUUUGGGAUGAAACAAUUUUUCAAUGAUUUUAUGUGCAAAUUUUUCUUAUAUAUUCAAAGACUUGGAAGAAGCAUGUCUAUGGGAACUACCUGCCUCUUGAGUGUCUACCAGGCCAUCACCAUCAGUCCCCUGAAUUCCUUUUGGAAAAAUAUUAAAUUCAAAUCUCCAAAUUACAUUGGCUUCUCUAUUUCUCUCUGCUGGGUCCUGUACAGUAUCAUAAAUUUCAUUUUCCCUGUGUUUGUUCAUAUCAAAAGAGGUCAGAAAAAUACAACAGAGAAAAGAGAUUAUACAUUCUGUUCCACUUUGGGUCGUGACAAAAUUGUAGACUCGCUGUAUAUAGCAUUAUUGGUAUUCCCUGAAGUCCUGUUUUCUAUACUCAUCAUUUGGUCCAGUGGCUUCAUGAUUGCCAUUCUUUAUAGGCACAAACAGCAAAUUCAGUGCAUCCGGAGAAAUCAAGUUUCCCUCAGAACCUCUCCUGAGUCCAGAGCCACCCAGAACAUUCUGGUUCUUGUGUCCACUUUUGUAGCUUUUUAUACCCUCUCUUCUAUUUUACAAGGUUUCAUUGCUGUUUUAUAUAAGGCCAGUGGGUGGUUGGUUAUUAUCACAGGCUUCAUUUCUAUGUGCUUUCCCACUUUGUGCCCUUUUCUUGUGAGUCAUGACUUCAUUGUGCUCAGAUUCUGCUUAUUCUGGAUAAGAAAUAUCGAACCCCAAUAA